AAGAAAAAAAACCAACACAUAUGAACGCUCCUGACCGUUUUGAACUCUUUGUUAUUCCUGAAGGAAGAAAAAAGGUGGAGAUGGAAGUCGACACCAAGAUUCCAAACGCUGCCACUUUUACUAUUGAACGUGAAGAUCACACACUUGGAAAUAUUUUAAGAGGUCAACUCUUAAAAGACCCUCGAGUUUUAUUUGCAGGUUAUAAAGUGCCUCACCCUCUUGAACACAAUUUUGUGAUUAAAGUGCAGACAGUGCCUGGCACAUCGCCUGGAAAAGCAUUAAAGGAUGCAACAUCAGAACUUAUUUCAGAAGUGAAUGCAUUAAAGAACAAAUUUGACAUGGAAGUCAUUCGUCAUCGUACCUUUGAAGAUGCCAAAGCUUCUCAACCAGGCUAUGAAGUUGAUGCUAUGAACACUAUGGAUCAUCAUGCUGGUAUGGAUGUUGAUUUUUAG